CGUUAUUUUUGAUGAGAAAUAUUUGUCGGGCAUACGGAUUUUAUUACAAUAUUAAAAUUUUAGCAAUACGAUACUUCUACGCGUAAUUUAAUUAGUAAUAUUAUGUUUGUGAACAAGCGUGAUGGUUGAAAUUGACACAUUUAAAUAGUUAUAAAAUAUAUGAUAUCGAAAAGUGUUGGAAUUUAAGAUGAAAAGCGUAACCAUGAAAACAAACGGUUUCUCUAAACAACUUAAUGGUGAUAUACAUGCUGCAACGAAGAGAACAACUGAGCGUGAAGAGAUCGGUCACUGUCCGGUCUCUAACGGCGUGAAUGGUCGACAUGUCGGGGUAGGGGCCAAUGAGGGUGCCCAGGUGGACGAAAGGGUUAGCACCGUUCAGACUAGUCUCCCGUUCCUUCGAAAACUAGUAGACGUUAUCAUCCAAGACGGACUUGUUGAUGCAAUGGAUAGAAAUACAAAAGUGUGCGAGUUCUUACCGCCGGCAGAGCUAAAGGCGCGAUUCCCGGAGUUUCCAAUCGGUCAAGAACCGGCUAGUGAUGCUCAGCUGGUGGACGUCUGUAAGAAAAUCAUCAAAUACAGCGUCAAAACAGUGAACCCCCGGUUUUUUAACCAGCUGUUUGGAGGGAUGGACGUGCAUGCGCUGGGAGGGGCCUGGCUCACGGAAGCUCUCAACUCCAGCCAGUACACGUACGAGGUGGCGCCGGUGUUCACGUUACUUGAGAAGGAAAUAUUCAACAAAAUGUUGGGGCUGAUCGGAUUCCAAGGGGGAGACGCCAUCUUCGUUCCAGGAGGAUCAAUGGGCAACGUGUACGGCAUGAAUGUGGCUCGCUACAGGAAGUUCCCCGAAGUGAAGGAAAAGGGGCUGUACUCCCUGAAGAAGCCCAUUGCCUUGUUUACCUCUGAUAAGGGCCACUACUCAAUUACGAAAGGCGCGGCAAUGCUUGGGCUCGGGACUGGUAACAUCUUCAAAGUGGGGACAGACUCCAUGGGCCGCAUGCUGCCGAAAAACCUGGAAAAGCAGGUGGAGGCCGCCCGCAGUCAGGGCUACGAGCCUUACUUCGUGAACGCGACCGCCGGAACCACCGUGCUUGGUGCCUACGACCGCCUCGACGCUAUCGCGGACGUCUGCGAGCGGCUUGGGCUUUGGCUGCACGUGGAUGGCGCCUGGGGCGGCAGUGUAGCCGUCUCCCGGAAGUACCGUCAUCUCAUACAAGGAAUUGAACGAGCAGAUUCGAUGACUUGGAACCCACACAAGAUGAUGGGGGCGCCUCUUCAGUGCUCAGUCUUCCUAACCAAACAUAAGGGUGUGCUACAGGAGUGCCACAGUGCGCAUGCGCGGUACUUGUUCCAGCAGGAUAAGAACUACGACGUGUCAUACGACACGGGUGAUAUGUCUCUCCAAUGCGGUCGGAAGAUCGACGUGCUCAAACUCUGGUUACUGUGGCGAAGCAAGGGAGACACCGGCAUGGAGCGCGACAUCGACCACCUGUUUUCACUUUCUCGGCACCUUGCGUCCGAAAUCCGGAAGACGGCUGGAUUCCGUCUGAUCGCGGAACCCGAGUGUACGAACGUGUGUUUCUGGUACAUACCGCCCAGCAUGAGGGGCCAAACUGAGGACAGCGCCUGGUUCGACAGGCUUGCUAAGGUGGCUCCUGCGAUAAAGGCGGCCAUGAUGCGGGAAGGCUCUCUAAUGAUCGGCUACAAUCCAGACGGCGAUCUUGUCAACUUUUUCCGCAUGGUCGUCUCAAAUUUCGACUCGACUACCGCCGACAUGGACUUUGUUUUAAGCGAGAUUGACCGGCUUGGACGGGCUUUGUGACGCAUGGCGUCGUGUAAGCUUGGUCACGAGUAGGAUUUGUGACGUCGUGUGAGCUAUGCGCCGGAAAAUAUGGCGUAUUGUGUCAUGUAAGCUUAGUUGUAUAAGGUUCCGGAACAUUUGACGUUUGUAAUCCUGCACAUAUGUUAUUCGACGUUGCUUGCUGAAUAGAUCAUCGACGCAUGACACGACAAAACAUCAUCACACCAUGUACUUAUUUAUUAGUUUUACUUCAGUUUACAUAAUAUUCAAAACUUUUCGUUAAAACUGGUUUGUCCGGUCGUAGAACAAUGAAACAAUGAGACUAGUCCAGCAGACUUGAAUGAACAAUGGUCUUCGAAAAGACACCAGACGAGAGACAAACAACGUCACAUACACAGAUUACAUAAAUAUUAAACAAGUGUUCUUCAUAGAAACAAUAAAUCUUAUACUCUUAUACUCUGAAAGAUUGUUAAGGGUCACCUCUGCAUUUACUGAAAUAUUAAUAUCGAACAACUGAUUUCAGAUAAAAGCUCUUUUGGAAAAUUGCUAACAGAAAUAUUGAGACAAGCCUGAGAGCAUUGGAGCAUGAAAGAACUGCUCGGGGUUGAUGUAAACGUUUAUAUUAAAUGUUAAUGUGGAAAA